CUGAAAAUAACAUACAAUCAAGAAAAAAUUGACAGCAAUAACUUCAUCUUUAUUGGCAUCAUUGGUUCCUGGAUUUCAACAUAGAUCUGUGAAACAUACAGUGAAAUAUGGACCUUUUCUAUAUAACCUGGAAAUAACGUGUACAAAUAAAUACUAUACGUCGAAAUGAGGAGAAUACUUGGACACCUGAAAUCGUUUGUGGGCGGGUGGAAUCAAAAUUUUAGAAUCUACUCGAUUUAGUGGUCAGCAAGCAUAUGCUUCACGGUGUACUCCAGUCUACCAUGCAGUCCAACCAUUAAACAGGUAACAUAUACAGAAAUUCAAAAUGGCUGGCAAACUAAGUGGAAUGUGUGCAGGUUCUAAGAUAAUCUACCUUUUUUGUCUGUUUGCUUGCUUGACAAGUUUCUUAAUUGGAACUGAAACAGCCAACAGGCAAUCAGUAUUUACAACACUAGAGAGGAGGUUCCGCUAUAAAAGCGUCACUUUAGGAUUCGUUAUCAGUGCUUAUGACUUUGGAUUUUUCCCCGGGACUAUACUGUUUGGAUUGAUUGCGGACAGACUGAGCAGUAUACCUAGACUGGUGCAUGGAUCUGCAUUAGGUCUCUGCCUUUCAAGUUUUCUAUUUCUCCUACCUCAUUUAAUAUUUGGACCAGGUGAUGAUAUCAUUGUUAAAGAUGCUAUUCCAACAGAGGGCACUGAAGAGGUUGAGACAGAUCUUUGUGGGAUUGCAGCUACGUCCUUUGUUAACACUUCUUAUCAAAGUAACAACUCAUAUUCAACUGCUAAGUCAAAAGAGGAAUGUUCAGUGGGGCAAAUCAACCAUAUAGAACAGGGAGUGACAUCUUUUAUCAUAGUUGUAGCCCAGAUACUUAUUGGAGCCUCACUAGCCCCAGUUACCAAUGUGUCUGUGAGUUUUGUAGAUAGGCAACUACAGCACAAAGGCACUUCUAUCUAUAUUGCAUGUGUAUGGGGAAGUUUCUUUGCUGGAGUUACAUUUGGCUACCUCCUAGGGGCCCUCUAUACAAGCUUUUAUAUUGACUUAUCAGAUCCAGGCAUUGAUGCUAAUCACAGCAGUUGGAUUGGUGCUUGGUGGCUUGGUUCUGUCACCACGUGUUGUCUCAGCUUCCUCCUUACAUGUGCCUACUUCUGUAUUCCCAGUCACAUCCCAGGCCCACCAGCUAUAGAGAUUGAUAAAGAAGAUAAGGAGGAAAAUGAGGAAAUUGAUCUCAAUAAUCUCACUAAAAAUAAGACUGAAUAUUCAGCAAUGUUGGGUGAUAAUAAUGAAGAUCAACACUACAUUAAGGCUGAGGAGGUCAUUGGGGCAAAUGACAAUAAACAUGAUAGGCAGUUCGAGAGUGAUGCUGUGGGGAUUGAAAUGGACCAUCUUAAUUCUAAUGCUAGUUCAACUGAUCCCAAAAAUACAGGAACUUUGCAGGCUUUUAAAAAACUAGUUUGCAAUCCUGUAUAUAUCGGUCUUGUAAUAGGAAAUUUCCCAGCUGUGUGGAUAUAUGGGAUGUAUGGGUCCACAUUUCUACCUAAGUACCUUGAGACACAGUUCCACACAACUGCCUCCAUGUCAAACAUGCUUGCAGCUAUACUAGGAGGAGGUGGUACAACAUUAGGGAUGAUAGUCAGUGCUAUCAUCCAGGAGAAGUUCAAGCUGACUCUGAGACAAACAUUGAAGCUGAUAGUAGGGGGUUCUGUAGCAGCUAUGUGUAUACCACUGAUCUUCCUUACAUUCAACUGCCACCAGCCACCACUUACAGGGCAAAUUGACCAGCAGGGCGUGUCAGAAAGUCUGUCAUGUGUUGCCAACUGUGCAUGUGAUGUCACAGUGUCUCCAGUGUGUGUAGAUGGUACAACAAGUUACUUUUCUGCUUGCCUGGCUGGCUGUAAACAGACCGAGGUUAUAAAUGAUCAACAGUACUAUUCCAACUGCAGCUGUCUCCAUGGCAACAGCUCAGUUGUUAAAGGUUGGUGCCCCAACAAUUGUACUCCUAUGGUAACAGGCUACAUCAUCUUUUGUUUUGCUUUGUUGAUGAUAGUAACAGGAACACAACUCGUGCUACCAGUCACUUGUGUCCUUCUCAUUGUGGAACCAAAAUAUAGUAAUUAUGGUUUAGGACUACUGAUGGCUGUUCAGUCACUUUUAGGGUGGUUUCCAGGGCCAACAACUUACGGUGGUGUGAUAGACUCAGCAUGCCUAGUGUGGGAGAGUAAGUGUGGAGAGAGAGGCAACUGUAUGGUAUACGACACUCGGUUGUAUAACUACCGUUAUAACACAUUCACAUCCCUCUUACAAGUUGUAGCGAUAUGUGCCAAUUCGUUUGCAUAUCACAAAUGGAAGAAAGAUUCUGAUAGAAAAACAAAUAAUUUAAAAGUGACUAUUGCUGACUGAAAUUACCAGGGUUACCCCCAGAAACACUGAUCUGGAGUAUUCAUUAUAUAAUCAUUGUUAUAAUCAUUGUAUAAUCAUUGUUAUUAUUCAUUGUAUAAUCGUACAAUCCUAAAUCUCAUCUGAUAUAACAAUUGUGUUGGUGAGCUGGAAUAUUGUAGAAUAUACACUUCUUAGACUGAAAUAUUUCAUAAUUAAUGUAUACUUCUAUAGCUAAUCUAGAAUAUUGUAUUUUAUUAGUACUUCAAUUAAAAUACUCAAUUCUGAUUGGUUGAUUAGCGGUCAACAAUAUGUACUAGGUACUGUUGACCGCUACUUUUGAAAAAAAAGUUUUUUAAAUGUUGAUUUUUUUGAAUUUG